AUGGGCCGUCGCUUAACACAACAAUGGGUAGUCGAUGGGUAUGUUAAAGUUGAAUCAGACAGAUUAAAAUAUUUGAAAAAACAACAGCCGAAACUGCGAGCAGAGUCUUAUCAAGUGUGGCGUGAAAUUUCCGAAAACUUAUUGUCAGGACAAACUGCAUCUAAUAGGCCCGAUUUAGUUGCACGUGUCUUUAAUAUUAAAAAAGAUGCUUUAAUUGAUACAAUUGUAAAAAAGCAACUUUUUGGAGAAGUUGCAGCUUACAUUUGGGUCAUAGAAUUUCAAAAACGUGGUUUACCUCAUUUACACAUGUUAAUGACAUUGAAAAGUAAUUCUAAGAUAACUAGACCUGAACAGGUUGAUAGAUUAAUCUCUGCAGAAAUUCCAGACCCUGUUAUUGAUCCAACUUUAUUUGAUAUUGUUACAAAAAAUAUGUUACAUGGUCCGUGCGGAGAUUGGUGUUUAAUCGAUGGCAUUUGUUCGAAGAAAUAUCCCAAAUCUUUUCGAAAUGAGACUACGAUGGAUGCAGAUGGUUAUCCUUAUUAUCGCCGCCGAGACGAAGGAAUCAAGUUUACACGAAAUAGCAGUGUAUUUGAUAAUCGUCAUGUUGUACCAUACAAUCCUGAAUUAUUGAAAGCUUUCAAUUGUCAUAUUAACGUAGAAGUUGUAUUCUCAAUUACAGCAGUUAAAUAUUUAUUUAAAUAUGUUUAUAAAGGCCAUGAUAAAGCAGCAAUAAUAGUAAACGGAAGCAUACCAAAUACUACAGAAGAAGCUCAUGCAUCCCAUGAUUCUCGUGAUGACCCUGAUAAUUUCAAUACCGUUAACGAUUAUGAUGAAAUACGUAAUUUUGUUGAUGCUCGUUACGUUGGGCCUGUAGAAGCUGUUUGGUGUAUUAUAUCAAAAGAUCUUCAAGACAAAAGUCAUUCUAUAAUUCGGUUACCAGUACAUUUACCAAAUGAACAAAGUAUUACUAUUAAUGAUAAUCCCUGGCGGAUUCGUGGUUACGGUAAAAUGGUCGUGAAACGACGGUGA